AUAAAACACAAACGGAAUACACGACUAACCUGAUCUGAAAUUCAGCCACAACAAUCCACAUGACAGCAUAUGACAUAAUGCAAUGUUCCUAGUAAAAAAAAAAACAUUAAUCUGAUCCUCCUUAGCAAAAACAGACUAGAUAAGCUUAGAGAGAGAAUGGGAACCCAACAGUUACAACUGCCACUGGCAUCAUCAUCAUCUUCAACUUGUUCAACCAUACUUUCUUCAAUUUUAUCUCACCACUACAAUUGCCGUAGCACCACCACCUCACUCCUAUUCAACCGCAGCACCACCACCAACACCAUUCUCUCUCUUUCCCUCAACCAUGUCAACCACCGUCGUUCAAUUCAACACGGCCGUGUUGGUAUGGAUGACUCGGGUAUUCCGGCUACCACUACCGCUUUCGAGGAUGAGGAAGACGAUGUACAACCCGAACCUACUCCUGAGGAUCUCGAAUACAUUAGCCAAAUUAAAAAAGUUUUGGAGCUUCUGAGGAAAAACAAGGACAUGCUUUUUGGAGAGAAGUUGCUAUGGAGAUUUGAUUGUGCUCCCUUUUAUGAUUCCCUCAAUUUAACUUGUAAAAGAGAAGGGGAUAAUGAUUGCAGAAGAGUUGACUUAAUCAAUCGAAGGCAAGUCCUAUUGUCAUCAGUUGGAUCCAUAGCUGGCUUUUUGAACGCUGCUUCCUUCUUAUCAGCGCCUCCUUCCAUAGCUGCUUCUUCAGGGUCUGGAUUUGCUGACAUGCCUGCGCUCAGGGGAAAAGAUUAUGGAAAGACCAAGAUGCGUUAUCCUGACUAUAUUGAAACUGAAAGUGGCCUCCAGUUUAAGGACUUGAGAAAAGGAACUGGUCCAACCCCUAAGAUUGGGGAGAGUGUGGUGGUAGAUUGGGAUGGGUACACAAUAGGAUACUAUGGACGUAUAUUUGAAGCUCGUAAUAAGACAAAGGGUGGGUCCUUUGAGGGCGAUGACAAGGAAUUCUUCAAAUUCAAAAUAGGAUCCCAAGAGGUUAUCCCAGCAUUCGAGGAAGCUGUCUUAGGCAUGUCAUUGGGUGGAAUUAGGAGGGUUAUAGUGCCUCCAGAACUGGGAUACCCUGACAACGACUACACUAAGAAGGGACCUAAGCCAACAACGUUCUCGGGGCAAAGGGCAUUGGAUUUUGUGCUGAGGAACCAGGGACUUAUAGACAAGACUCUAUUGUUUGAUAUUGAGCUCCUCAAAAUCGUAUCAAAUUGAAAGUUGCUGCUCUCGCUGGUUGUUGAACACUAUUUAGUUUUUAUUGGUACAAUGUUGUUUGAAAUUAUAUUAUUCUGAGACUUUCAGUGUUACUUGAAUUAAUCUACCUCUUCUCGCAGCCAGAGGUUUGCCCCUUGUAGUUUUGAGGUACCGAAAUAUGGAAUGGCAAAGGAGUGUGGUUCCUGCUGAUGUCGCCUGCAGGCUAAUGCUUAUGAUGUUUCCUUCUAUAUUGAUAUUGUUUUUCAUUCAUUUUUUUUUUAAUUUUUAAUUUUUUUUUUUUUUUUUUUGUUUUAUCCUCUUUUGCAUUGAUAGGCAUUUGUAAUUUCUCAGUAUUUUUCCAUAGAAGAAACUAAAUGCAAUUCUACUAUUUCAAUUGUGUUGCUUUAUAAUCAAAAUGAUAAGAACAAAUUAUUCAACUUUGAAUGA